AUGCUUCUCCUCCCGCUCUCCAUGCUGCUCCUGCUCACACAGCCCUGGAGAUCCCUGGGAGCAGAAAUGAAGAUCUAUUCCCAGAAAACAAUGGCCAACGCCUGUACCCUGGUUAUGUGUAGCCCCCUGGAGGGUGGCUUGCCUGGUCGUGAUGGACGAGAUGGGAGAGAAGGCCCCCGGGGGGAGAAGGGAGAUCCAGGUUCACCAGGACCUGCAGGACGAGCAGGAAUGCCUGGACCAGCUGGCCCCAUUGGGCUGAAAGGGGACAAUGGCUCUGCUGGAGAACUUGGACCAAAGGGAGACCCUGGACCACCUGGCUGGUCCUUUUCCCCAGGGCCUCCAGGCAUGCCUGGUCCAGCUGGGAGAGAGGGUCCCUCAGGGAGACAGGGGAGCAUGGGACCUCCGGGCACAUCAGGCCCCAAAGGAGAGACUGGGCCCAAAGGAGGAGUGGGUGCCCCAGGCAUGCAGGGCUCCCCAGGCCCCUCAGGUCCCAAAGGAGAGAGAGGUGCCCCUGGUGAGCCCGGAGCCCCUGGACGUGCUGGGGCGGCAGGGCCUGCUGGAGCCAUAGGUCCACAGGGGCCUUCAGGUGCCAGGGGCCCCCCAGGACUGAAGGGAGACAGAGGUACUCCUGGAGAAAGAGGAGCAAAGGGUGAGAGUGGGCUUGCAGAGGUCAAUGUUCUCAGGCAGCAGGUGGCAGUCUUAGAGGGACACCUGCGACGCCUCCAGAAUGCCUUCUCUCAGUAUAAGAAAGCGGUGCUCUUCCCUGAUGGCCGGAGUGUUGGGGAGAAGAUCUUUAAGACAGCAGGCUCUGAGAAAACGUUUCAGGAUGCCCAGCAGAUCUGCACACAGGCUGGAGGACAGUUGCCCUCUCCACGUUCUGCAGCUGAGAAUGAGGCCCUGACUCAGCUGGCCACAGCCCAGAACAAGUCUGCUUUCCUAAGCAUGACCGACUCCAGGAAGGAGGGUACUUUCAUCUACCCCACGGGGGAGCCCCUGGUCUAUUCCAACUGGGCCCCCCAGGAGCCCAACAAUGAUGGUGGCUCAGAGAACUGUGUGGAGAUCUUCCCCAAUGGCAAGUGGAAUGACAAGCUCUGUGGAGAGCAGCGCCUCGUGAUCUGCGAGUUCUGA